UUCCGUCGCGUCCCCCAGCUGACACCGCUGAGACCGUCUCGGCACGCACUCCGCUGUGGCGGCGGCGGCGGUGUUGCGAAUGAAUGAAUUUUGUUGUUUAUAAAUGUUUAUAAUCAACGUUUAGAUUCCCGCGUGUGCGGUGGAGGUGAGCGACAUGGACGCCAAGAAGAAGUUCGACAUUCCGAGGGUGGAGGACGUGUACGAGAGGCGGGUGUCUGAGCCUCGGCCUCUGUUCAGAUCUGGCCUCACAAAGACAGCUGAAAAAGAUAGCGUGGAGGAGAGGCCACCACCCGGGCCACAUAAGGGCGGCUAUGCCGACUACGUCAUGGAGCAGAGCAAGAAGCAGCCGCCAGGUCCCUCCGAGCCAGCUAGCAGCAACCCCGCAGGGCCCAGUGAACCUGGCCCACAGGCCGGGGGUGCGGACAAGGCCACUCCAGCAGAAGCGUCGAAGGCAUUCGACAGAGACGCAGCAACAGACUCCACAGGGUGCCCAGACCAGGAGACCAGCAUGCCUGCCCAAGCUGCUGACAGUCCACUCGUCGAGGUGGUGAGAAGCCGAGAGGCUGUGGGGAAACGUGAGGCUUCGGGUGCAAGUAGAGCUGCAGGUGGUGUCGAUGUCAUGGCCGUUGUGGCCCCCAAGGCGGCCGGCAAGAGCAACAGCUUGCUGGUGAACCCCCGACAGCGUGGGAACCCCGUGCUCAAGUUUGUGCGGAACGUGCCUUGGGAGAUUGCGGACGUGGUCCCAGACUAUGUAAUGGGGCAGACCUCCUGCGCACUCUUCCUCAGCCUGCGGUAUCACAACCUCAACCCCAACUACGUCCACGAGCGCCUCAAGCAGCUGGGUCAGGCGUUCGACCUCCGCGUUCUUCUGGUGCAGGUCGACGUGAAGGACCCACACCACGCACUCAAGGAGCUGGCCAAGAUGUGCAUCCUGGCAGAGUGCACUCUCAUUCUGGCCUGGAGCCCGGAGGAGGUGGCCCGCUACCUGGAGACGUACAAGGCGUACGAGAACAAGCCGGCCGACCUGCUGAAGGAGCGUGUGGAGCAGGACUACUUGUCUCGCAUGACCGACUGCCUGACCACCAUCAAGUCCGUGAAUAAGACAGACGUCAUCACCCUAUUGAACACUUUUGGGUCACUGGCAAACAUCAUGGAGGCAUCGAAAGAGGAUCUGUCACUCUGUCCCGGACUGGGACCUCGCAAGGCUCGGAGUCUUAGCAGUGUGUUUCAUGAGCCCUUUCUCAAAGCCAAGAAGCCAAAAAAGGGGUCUUGAAUGCGGGAGAUGGAGCAGGAAGCCUUGGCUGUUGGGCAUCCUGGAGCUCUGAAAGACUGCAGAUGAUGGCGUGGUUUACUCCAGACUCGUGAGCAGUCAGCCACAAGGGCUCUGUGCAAGCGGGUUGGGUGUAUAUGGUUUGUAUGUUGUUUCUUAUAAGUUCCAGUAUAUUUGCCGUGAUAAUGCCUCGUGAAUUAUAUGCAAUGUGUCAAGAAUAAUAAACAAAUCAUGCUUAUUCAAAGUGAAACUUGUACAUUUGAAACGUAGGUAUUUGUACAAUGAGCUAUGAAAUACAUUCUCUCAGGUUACAUCCAAGUCGGGGUUUUAAAUUGUAAAAUUUAUAAAAGCAUCUUAAGACAUAAUUGUAUAGAGACCCUGUCUAAAGCCAAAUAUAUAUUUUUACUAUCAAUGGAAUGAUGUAGUUGGGGCCCUCCAGCAUGAAGAUAUCAAUAUAUGGAAGUAAAUAGUCUAAUGGUAAUGCUCAUUGUAAAUAACGUAUAGCAGCCCCCUUUUCAUUUGCUUGGUUUCCUGUUGCAUUCCUGAAAAUUGCCAAUUAAAGUGAAUUUGCGUUAGGUGGGAGUGAUUUUCCCGUUAGGAAUAACGGUGAAGGUGUGUGUGUGUGCCGUUCCAGCCUGUAAUUGUAUUGUUUUUAUUUCAGUUUACAUGUUUUUUUACAUGUGAUGUGCAUUUCUAUAUUUCUAUAAAUAUGCUAUGUGUGACAGUCA